GGCUCUUGCAGUCCCGAGAUCCAGUCAUGGCCGACCCAGAAGAGACUUUCGCCUUGCAAGCCUCUCCCGGUGCUGGGUCCGAUUCGAGGGAGGUUCCGAGCGAGGCCAAAGGCGAGAAACCCAACGGGACGUCCGGCAAGUCGCCGUCCUCGCAAACCACUUACAUCCAGCAGGGUAUGGAGGGCAUAAAAGUGUACCUGCACGAGAGGGAACUGUGGGUGAAAUUCCACGAGGUGGGCACCGAGAUGAUCAUCACUAAAGCCGGCAGGCGAAUGUUCCCCAGCUUUAAAGUGAAAGUCACCGGCCUGAACCCCAAAACGAAAUAUAUCCUGCUGAUGGAUGUCGUGCCCGCAGAUGAUCAUCGAUACAAGUUUGCUGAUAAUAAAUGGUCGGUGACCGGCAAGGCCGAGCCCGCCAUGCCCGGGAGGCUGUACGUGCACCCGGACUCUCCGGCCACGGGUGCCCACUGGAUGCGGCAGCUGGUCUCGUUCCAGAAACUCAAGCUGACCAACAACCACCUGGACCCGUUCGGACACAUCAUCCUGAACUCGAUGCACAAGUAUCAGCCCAGGAUCCACAUCGUCAAGGCCGACGAGAACAACGGCUUCGGGUCCAAGAACACGGCAUUCUGCACGCACGUCUUCCCCGAGACCGCCUUCAUCGCUGUCACGUCCUACCAGAACCACAAGAUAACGCAGCUUAAAAUUGAGAACAAUCCGUUUGCGAAAGGUUUUCGGGGAAGUGAUGACAUGGAACUGCACCGAAUGUCCAGAAUGCAAAGCACUAAGGAUUACCCGGUGGUCCCUCGCAGCACGGUGCGCCAACGAGUGAGCUCCAGCCAGAGUCCGUUCAGCGGGGACGUCCAAGGUUUGGCCACCCCGAGCACCCUGAGCUCCCAGUACUCCCAGUGCGAGAACGGUGUGACGAGCACCUCGCAGGACUUGCUGCCCCAGUCGGGCUCCUAUCCCCUCCCCCACGAGCACGGCCAGGAGUACCACUGCAUCAAGAGGAAAGCAGCAGCAGAGGAGGACUGCCACUCUGGCGAGCACAGCUACAAGAAAGCCUAUUUGGAGAGCUCCUCCGGCGAGGACGAGCAUUACUACCGCUCGGUGGGCUACGCGCAAAGCCUGGGCUUGGCCGCAGGGCCCUACCGCAGCGAGUCCGGCCAGCGGCAGGCCUGCAUGUACGCCGGCGGCGCGUCGCAAGGCGCCGAGGCCGUUCCCAGCUUGGAGGACAUCAGCUGCAACACCUGGGCUGGCGUCUCGCCCUACGGGAGCUGCUCGGUGGCCACCAUGCAGCCCAUGGAGCGGCUGCCCUACCAGCACUUCUCGGCUCACUUCACGUCCGGCUCCCUGGUGUCCAGACUCGGCGGGGUGGGGAGCCACUCCUCGCCCCAGCUGUCCGACGGACACCACGCCGCCAUGUACCAGAGCUCGGUGACGCACCAGACUCUGGGCCGCCAGUGCAGCCCCGGCGCCGGGAUCCAGUCGCCGACCGCCGGCCUGCAGGGCAACGAGUACCUCUACGCGCAUGGCAUACCACGCACGCUAUCACCUCACCAGUAUCACGCCGUUCAUAGCGUCAGCAUCAUGCCGGAGUGGAACGACAACAGCUAAGGGGAGCUUCUUCGGGGUUGUCGAAGACAAAAUCUCCAGAUCCCUUUGAUAUUUAUAUUUUUACUGCAUAUGCAUUCAGCGACAUCAGUGAGAUGUCGGCGGCGAACGGGCGGCAGACUUGCAGUUGCGUCCUCUGCACUUAUAAGUGGCAUGAACGUGAGAUAUGCGAGGCUUGAACGCACACAAAGACUGCACACACACACACACACACAAAAAAGACUUCACUCGAGACAAGAAGAAGAAAAAAAAGACUCAAGGGGAUGGCGCCCGGUUGAAAGGUGCGUUGUACAAACGGCCAUUUGGGUUCAUGUUCCGAUUUUGUCAAACGGGCUUUUUCCCCUUCUGGUGUCGCGUGAUCCUUGCUUCUGAAGUUAUCGUAGCCACCAACAAAGUUCAGAAGCAUGCGAUGGACUUUCAAGUGACCGAUUAGGUUUUGAGCCUGCGUUUCGUUUAUCUCUUGCAUCCGUCCAUCGACCUAUCAUCGAUUACGAGGCCCGUUGGGAAAACAACAAUUUGCAGCCACGUUCAGUCAUUGGUGGACUAUGAGUGAAAAAUGGAGAACGGAUGGGGAGAGUUGUCAAAGCGUCAUCAAAUACUUGUGUGGACCACAACUAUAUUUCAGUCCGAGGGUCCUAUUUUUGUGCCGAGAUUUUUUUUUUUGUUACUUCGAUGGACUUUGCACAGGUAGAAUUGGGCAUCACGAGGUGUUUGUGCCUACGUGCAGCGAUGCGGGAUGGAAGUCGUCUUUUACCAUCCAUUCCUAGCGCCGUACCUCCUUUGCAUCGAAAUGAGGGUGCUCCGCGCACGGUACGCCAUGUUUGACGCCGCAGAAACAGAAACAGAAGCAGACCCGCCGGGUUCCUCGCACGACAUCGGCACGCGUGACAUAAAGUGCCUUGGGAUGAUGUCGUCGGCCGUGAAUGUUACUUGGGCAAUUGGAGACCGCCUUGCACCCCUGCGUCUGUGUGUGUGAGACCACCCCCUCUUUAUGAAUGAAAUCUUAUGACAUCGACCGCGCAUGUCCGCUUGGCUGUCUGACUGCGCCUUGAUCAAAUUCAGCAACAUUUUGUUCGACCGGCUUGACUUUAGGGGGUCUUGAAGAAGCUGAGACUGCUUGGGUUCACGUCAUGAAGCUGAAAUUCAAAAUGCAAUGUUGUUCCGGUAUUGAAAGAAAAAAAAAAGAGAGAGAAAAUUGUUUUGGACUAAUUGGACUAAACUCCUUCGGCCCAAAUCUCAGCACAUUGCAAAAACAAUCAAGAGUUA